AUGCCGCUCCCGAGACUCCUCCUCCCGCCUCCUGCUCUGCGGGAAGAGCAUGAGCCAGAUGCACCCAACCCCCCUCUCUCCCAGCUCCCCCACAAAGCGGUAACAUGGGGCGAGGAGGCUGGCGCGGCUGCUCCAUCCCCUUCCGCCUUUGGGUUAGCCUACUCCACAACGGCGGCAAAUUACCUCGCAGCAGCUGCUGCCGCCUCCAAAGCAGUAGCGAAGGAGAACUCAGAGCAUUUCGAAGAGGAGGUUCAAGCCGCAGUUCCCAUAGGCGAGGCAUUCGCGAAGGCAACGGAAGAAGGCCUCCCCACGCCUGAUCGCGUCUUUUUCUUGGAUAUCAAGCCGGAAGACACUUUGGGCAGGGAGGGCUAUGUGGAUGUCUCCAAUUAUGCGGUGGCAGUUGGCAAGGCGGGUGCAGCGGGGGUGACAAUGCAGCCGCAGGAAUAA